CCGCCGCCGCCGCCACAUCCCGGGCCGGGCGGGCGGCGGCGCCGAGGCCUCCGGGCGGGCGGGCCUCCAGCGCUCCCCGGACGCCGGGACCCCGCGCGCCUCGCCCCCAGGCCCGCGAGGCCCGAGCCGAGCUUCGCCCCUGGGGCCGCGGAAGGGCCGGAGGACCGCGACAGGCUCCGGCUCCUCGGAGGAGACAGGAGGAGCCAGGAACCUCCAAGGCAAAGCAGAUACUGCAAGGAAAUGUGGACCAGGCCUGAGAAGAAUCGAGUGCGACUUCCGGUUCUUCUGUGUCCCCUGCAGCAGAGUGUAACCGUGUGACCCGCUGAGGACCCAGGUGCCCCACGUCACUCCCAGACAGCGACAGCCUGAGAAACGCCCACCCCCGAGGUUCCGCGCCCACUCCCGAGGUUCCGCGCAGGCUCUGGCCGGCAAGUGGGCGGAGCCGGGACGCUCCGGGGUUCGUUUCUCGGGUUUCACAGAUUCUCUACAGCUCAGUGGGUGCGGCCGCAGCUUGUCAGCGAGUCAGGAUUUUAAACCCAGCCUGCCUGGAAUCGCCUCAGGAUGGCGUCUGCCCUCUGAGGAUUACCCAAAGGUCCGGCCCGCGGCAGGCCCCUCCUGCCCCGGCUUCCAGGCCCUGGCAGGUGCAGAUGCCAGGGACACAGUAGCCUGGGCCAGAAAGAGUCAACAGGCACCUCUGCAGAAGUGAAGUCUUAUCACGUGUUCCAAGCCCAAAUAGAAAUGGCUCCUUUCCGGAAGAAUCACUGAAUGGCUGACAUUUGACAACAUGCACCACCAGUGGCUUCUGUUGGCCACAUGCUUUUGGGUGAUUUUCAUGUUCAUGGUGGCCAGCAAGUUCAUCACGCUGACCUUUAAGGACCCUGAUGCCUACAGCGCCAAGCAGGAGUUUCUGUUCCUGACCACUGCGCCCGACGCGGGGAGGUCGCUGAGAGAGACGCACUUCCCUGAGGAGCUGAAGCUGACCGGGAAGGUGCUGCCGGGAGGGCGGCUCGUUCAACCCUUGGUCUAUACGCAGCGGCUAGAGCUCGUCAGAAACGUGUGCAGGGAGGACACCCUGAGGAACCUCUCACACACCGCCGUCUCCAGGUUUGUCCUCGACCGGAUAUUCGUCUGUGACAAGCACAAGAUCCUCUUCUGCCAGACCCCCAAAGUGGGCAACACCCAGUGGAAGAAAGUGCUGAUCGUGCUGAACGGAGCCUUUCCUUCCAUCGAAGAGAUCCCUGAAAGCGUGGUGCACGACCACGAGAAGAACGGCCUCCCGCGUCUCUCUUCCUUCAGCGAUGCAGAAAUUCAGAAGCGCUUGAAGACAUACUUCAAGUUUUUUAUCGUAAGAGAUCCCUUCGAGAGACUGAUUUCUGCGUUUAAGGAUAAGUUUGUUCACAACCCCCGCUUUGAGCCUUGGUACAGGCACGAGAUUGCCCCUGGCAUCAUCAGGAAGUACAGGAGGAACCGAACGGAGACCAGGGGCAUCCAGUUUGAGGACUUCGUGCGCUACCUGGGUGAUCCGAACCAUAGGUGGCUGGACCUUCAGUUUGGGGACCACAUCAUCCACUGGGUGACAUACGUGGAACUGUGCGCACCCUGCGAGAUCAAGUACAGCGUCAUCGGUCACCACGAGACCCUGGAGGACGACGCCCCGUACAUCUUGAAAGAGGCUGGCAUAGACCACCUGGUGUCUUACCCCACCAUCCCCCCGGGCAUCACCGCGUAUAACAGAACCAAAGUCGAGCACUACUUUCUGGGCAUCAGCAAACGAGACAUCCGGCGCCUCUAUGCACGGUUUGAAGGGGACUUUAAACUCUUUGGGUAUCAGAAGCCAGAUUUUUUGCUAAACUAAUGUGUAGGACUGUGAGUUCAAGUAUCUUUGUUAGACCAGAGGCUAACCAGGUGGAGAUCUGGGCACAGAAAUGACACUUUGCUCUGUCACGCUCCCCCUGAACACUCCUCAGUUCCCGUGGACCUGGGUGUGCCUUGGCCAGUGAAGCUGGACUCUGACCGUUAUGACCUAGUUUGGACAGAAGGUGCCCGGCGGGCCCUGCCCCCCUCCCCCCCCCCAGCCCCAGUGCCAUCAGGCCUUUGCUCUCCUCAGAGGGGAAAGAGACUAAACAUUUGCAGUCGCACAGACGGGAGG